AUGAUAAAGCUUAGACUAGAGGACAGUAAAUCGCACAUUCUGAAGGCAGGAGAUGGCGAGUUAGUGGACGCUUUGGACCAUACAGGGGAACAAUCUGCAAGGGUGAUGAGGGCAUCACCUUUUGCGGUUCCAUACCCUACCAAAGCAGACGCGUCUGUCUAUAAGUAUCUCUGCUACCUGGAGUUUCUUCUGAAGCUCCAGAGGAGGUGCCAUGGCUCUCAAGAGGUGGAAACCGAAAUUCAUGCCGUGUUGAGCACAAAGGGCCCGAUCGUUAGAGGAUGUUCUCUGCUGCACAUCAGGACGAUGGAUAGUCUAGUUCGUCGCCUCAAAUCGUUCUUUAUAGACUUUCAGAACUGCUACGAUGCAAUUACAUUGGUUGGCAAAGAGCUAUUUGUGGGAGACAACAUUGUCUGUCCACAGGUAGAUAGAGAUGAACUUCUAUCAAGCUUUUAUGUGCUUAUUGGGCUUCUCAACGAAAGAUCUUCACCGGCUUAUCUCGAGGAAGUCUAUUACUCCAUCUGGGGGCUUGUUCGACAGAUAGAUGGUACUCAAGCAAUUCAAGAUGCCUUCUUCACAGAACGGAAUGCACUCGUUGGCAUCUUGCAGGAGCUUUAUGGUUAUGUAAAGCAAAAAGAGAAGGAAACUGCGAUAGACUUACCUUCGCAGAUUGGAAAGCCUACCCAGCGUCUACUUGAUAUUGCUCUCCGUAAGCGUUUACUCGAGCAGCUUGUUCCCCUCUACAAAGCGAUGCAUGCUCAAGUCAACGUCUGA